UUCGCAGUGAAUAAACCGAAUUCAAUACACCGAUGAUACGUCCGGAAAUUUGGUAGGUUGUUUUUCUCUUUUCCGGCUGCUUUCUUUUGGGGCAAAAUCAAACACACACAACACCUUGCAGUGUGUGGAUUAUAGCGAGAGAUUCGGGCAACACGACGAGCCGCUGUUUAGUACCCUCGCAACCCUUAAUCACUUUCCGCCCUAAUUGCGCCGCUGGUUUUGGUGCAUUUUAUUGUAUCAAAUUCACAACUUUUUUUCGAAUUGGCUGAUGAUGUGAGGGGGUCUGGAUUCCGAUGGCUAAUUGAAGAAGACGCGUGGCUCGGCAGCUUUAUCUGAUCAUUUGUUGUUGUUUCUGUGAGUUCGGCUGUGGGUUGGAGUGAUUUUUGGGAGUGAAGAGAAUGGACGUGGUGGCUAGCUGCAAGGACAAAUUAGCAUAUUUUCGGAUUAAGGAGCUUAAGGAUGUCCUUACACAACUCGGACUUUCUAAGCAGGGAAAGAAACAGGACCUUGUUGACCGAAUAAUUGCCAUUCUCUCCGAUGAUCGAGUUUCUGGAACCUGGGCCAAGAAGAAUGCUGUUGGAAAGGAUGACGUGGCAAAGCUCGUUGACGACACUUACAGAAAAAUGCAAAUAUCUGGGGCACCUGACCUGGCAUCAAAAUCACAAGGCAUUUCAGAUGGUACAAAGGUAAAACCUAAAGAGGAGAUAGUAGAUUCACAUCACAUGGACAAGAUACGCUGUAUCUGUGGAAGCACAUUGCCUACUGAUUCAAUGAUUAAGUGUGAGGAUCCAAGGUGUAAUGUAUGGCAACAUAUAGCAUGUGUGUUGAUUCCCGAGAAACCAAUGGAUGGUGUUCUACCUAGUCCUCCAGAGACAUUUUACUGUGAAAUAUGUAGGCUGAGUCGAGCUGACCCCUUCUUGGUGUCAAUGGCACAUCCUCUGCUUCCUGGGAAAUUGAAUGUCACAAAUGUUCAAGCAGAUGGCCUGGUUAAACUUUUCCUGGAUCACUGUUGCACUCUCUCGAUAUAUCCAUGUUUUGAGAAGUGGGAUUAUAAAUUCUGGCAAUUAAAUUUGUGCUCUAAUCCUGCUCUGAGCAUCGAGAAAACAUUUCAACUAACUAGGGCAGACAAGGACUUGUUGUUGAAACAAGAAUUUGAUCUUCAGGCUUGGUGCAUGCUACUCAAUGACCAGGUCACAUAUAGGAUGCAGUGGCCACGAUAUGCAGAUUUGCAAGUGAAUGGUAUACCGGUAAGGGCAAUAAACAGACCCGGUUCUCAACUUCUCGGAGCAAAUGGUCGAGAUGAUGGACCUCUUAUUACAACAUGCACCAGAGAUGGAAUUAAUAAAAUUUCCUUAACAGGAUGUGAUGCUCGCAUUUUCUGUGUGGGAGUUAGAAUUGUAAAGCGGAGGACUUUGCAUCAGAUUCUUAAUUUGAUCCCAAAAGAGGACGAAGGUGAGUGUUUUGAGGAUGCACUAGUGCGUGUUUGUAAAUGUGUUGGUGGGGGAGCUGCCACAGAAAACGCUGAUAGUGACAGUGAAAUUGAAGUUGUUUCUGAUUUUGUUCCUGUCAAUCUCCGCUGUCCUAUGAGUGGCAUGAGAAUGAAGAUCGCUGGAAGGUUUAAGCCUUGUGCUCACAUGGGCUGUUUUGAUCUGGAAGUAUUCGUGGAGAUGAACCAACGCUCUAGGAAGUGGCAAUGUCCCAUUUGCCUGAAGAACUAUUCUUGGGAGAAAAUCAUCAUAGAUCCUUAUUUCAAUCGGAUAUCACACAAGAUGCGGGAUGCUGGAGAAGAUGUGGCUGAUAUUGAGGUAAAGCCUGACGGCUCUUGGCGUGCUAAGGCAGAGGGCGAUCGUAGAACUUUUGGGGAGCUUGGGCUGUGGCAUUUGCCUGAUGGCACCAUCUGUUCGUCAACUGAAGCAGAAUCAAAGCCAAAAGGAGAACUUAAAUCAGUUAAACAGAACGGUUCUGAUGGUCAUGGUGCUCUAAAAAUAGGAAUUAGAAAGAACCGGAAUGGUUGCUGGGAAGUUAACAAAACUGAUAAUGCGCGAGGUGUCGCACCUGCAAAUAGACUUCAACAAAACUCCAAGAAUAAUGGUGAAAUUAUAAUUCCUAUGAGCAGUAGUGCCACCGGUAGCGACAGAGAUGGUGAAGAUGGCAGUGUUAAUCAGGAUGAUGAGGGAAACCUUGACUUUACUGCAGUGAAUGUUACUGAAUAUGAGUCCAUGCCCCCAGGUUUUGAAUCUCCACAUGUGUUUAAUGAUCCAUUCACUGCUACUCCAGGUGGAGAUGCUGAAGUAAUCGUCCUUAGUGAUUCUGAUGAAGAAACUGAACCACUAAAUCCCUCGAAGGUUGUUUACAAGAGCAAUGGGGCAGCUACUAGUAGCAUUCAGUUUGCUUCACAGCAUGGGAUUCCUGAUUCUUUUUAUGAAAAUCCUGCUGUUAGUAACGGUGUAAAUUCAUGCCUCGAUCCUUACAAUACAAAUGAUGACGAGUUUGGGAGUAAUAUUUGGUCAUUGCCACCUGGUGGCAUUUCUGGACCUUUAGUUGACAUGGAAGACGUCACUCUUAAUGGCCAGUCUUCUAUUAGUGGCUAUAAUUUGCCUCCGGAGACUUCUAUGGGAUCUGCUGCACUCAUCCCUGAUUCUGAUGCUCAACUUACUGAUAUUGAUGGUGGUUUAGUAGUCAAUGAUUUGGCGCAUAAUGGCAAGGACCACCGCUCACUUCAAAUAUUUCUUUCUGCAAGGCAUUCUGAUUCUCCAGCUGUGCAGACUGAUUUGAGACAUCAUCCUGAUGCAUCAAAUGGCAUUCGUACUGAGGACUGGAUUUCUCUCAGGCUUGGUGAUGGUGGUGGAGGGGGUCAGGGUCAGCCUACAAUAGCAAAUGGCUUGAGUUCAGCCAAUCAAUUACAACCGAAAGAUGGUAACUUGGAUGUGUUAGCAGAUCAUGCAACUUUUAUGCUUGGUAUGAAUGGCAACAGGACCGGUAAGACGAGUAGGGAAAGAACAGAUAGUCCCUUUUCGUUUCCUCGCCAACGGCGAUCUGUAAGACCAAGACUAUAUCUUUCUAUUGAUUCAGACUCCGAGUAGAGCAAUUGGAGAGGCAAUCUGGAGGAAAUGCCUUCUUUUCGAUUAGAUGUCGAUAGGACUUCGGUCAGAUGCCUUGUUUUUCUGUGGAGAGUCUCAUUCAUGCUUUCUAGUUGAUCAUCUGUACAUUUUAGCAGAUAGAAGAAGCUGACAACAUUACCUGCCGCAUUGGGAAAUGAACCCAAAAAAAAACCUCUUAUGCUUCUUCGAUAGAAUUUGGUGCAGCGCUGCUAGAUUGCUCAUUUUGUAGUUUCAGAAAGAUGGUAAAGUUGGAGUUCAGCUAAUUUUGCUUGAAGGAAAUAUGAAAUAUUACAUUUAGGUUAGAAAAAAUAACCUAUAAAUUGCACAGCAUGGCAUUAAAUACAGUGUUUCUUUUUCUUAAAUUAUUAAUUAUUAAAGUGUUUUUUUAA